AUGGCAGAUCAGGUAGAGGAACAACAGAUGGUGGAGAUUCUGCUAUUAUCUCCGAGAUAUAGCACUGCCUCGGACAACUUGUCAACCAGGUCCAAGUUUGGGAUUACUCAGUCAUCAAUGGUGGCCCAGUCUACAUUACUAUCCAGUCCAUCUUUAAUGAUCUUUGGCCUGAUUCUGGUUGCUGCAUUCAUUGCAGGGGUACACCAUUUUCUUCUGGCCUUCCUCCAUGAACGUAUUGUGCAAGACCAAUUCUGGAUGAAGAACACAUCUAACACGUUCAGCAUACUAGUCCAAACCCUUUCUGCAGCAUCUGUUUCAGCAUCCCUUAUGCAGCUUAUCUGGUGGUUUCUGCACUGCCGAUCCUUUACUAUCACACAACUGAAUAAUUUAUUCAGCUUACCCAAUUCUUUCCCUACUGUGUGCCUUGCAUCAUCGAAAAUGCUAUGGAAGAUCUUCCCCAUCGUCACCAUGGCUGCACUUGUGCAGGCAUAUACCCUCGUAUCCAUCCUUGCGCCCAACAUGCUCGAAGGGGGCACUGCUUCUCCCAAAAUGGAUAACAUCACAGUACCCACCAUCUUUUUUGGCAGAGAUCCACAAGAACACGGCUGGGCUUUCCCCGCCCCACCCACAUACUGCAAUUAUCAAAUAGCUACUGGCUUUAGUCGGGUUCUGGGAAGCUCAUUGCAAUCUGAUAUACUUAUUGGAUGGAGUGCACCUAUGGGAUGCGAGAAUGGGUGCAAUUAUACUAUUGAAUAUGGUGCCCCCGCUCUGCUCUGCUCAGACAUUAAUGCAGCCAGCAUUUUCGACUAUGCCAAUGACACCGGUUCCCCCUUCUCCCCAUCUGCAGUGCUGUUGAAUAACAGCGAUUUCACCACUGUAUAUAAUGGCACCUACGAAUUCUAUAACGAUGGGAUAAACGUUAUUGUUGCAUGGCAAAGAUAUUACCUCAAUGGAGAUUCCAUUGUUGGUGGCGUAUUGUGCUCCCUCUUCAACAUCACACAGCGAUCUACCGUAUCAUUUUUCAAUAACACGGGAGUCAUUGUCCCCCGUAUUAUAUCUUACAACGAACCGUAUAAAGCACUGAUUCCACAGAAUGUAUCCUCUGACUGUGGCGGACCACAUGUCCCCAAGACAUCCUUCACCCAGUCAUAUUAUUUGAGUUAUUCUGCAUUAAUGGAAUGGCUCGCACUUCGGCUGCGGGGCACUAUUUCUUAUCGCAGCGCUCAGCAGUGGGACUUUAUGUCAUCAGUUAUAGACAGUAGUCUCUUUGUUGUCAACGAAACAGCCGUGACAUUUUCCCCACGAGGUGCAAGCGUGAAGACAGCACUAGAGCAAGUCCUCGUGAACCUAACUGUUGCGCUGAUAGGUGCGGGAAGGGAAAUGACGACAGUCAAUGCUACGAUCAUGUUGAACCAGCUGGUAUGA